AGGCAAGCCUCUCCGCUCCACGCGCAGCAAAUCAAUAAGUUGUCAGCCACCAUCGCCGGCAAUAACACUAGCUUUGAAUACGAAAUUUGGGAAAUGAGGUUGAGAAAAUUCCUCCGCGCGGCGCGCCAUUGACUGUACAGCGAUCAACUUAUUAAAGAUAGGAAUUGAGUCUUGACAUAUGUGUUUCUGUUCCCUUAUAGUUCUCUAUAUAACUAGUCUGUGGUUUUGCGUUUUCUUCAAAGCUUGCCUGUUGCUACUUCUGGGAUUGAUUUCAUCGCUAUACCUUUCCGACUGCCUGGCUCUAUGACAAACGGUGAAGGUAUAUGUGGGGAAGGUAAUGCCAGGAGUUAAGGCAUAUUAGUUUUAAUAAGUGGUCGGCUUUGAAGCUGAACAAUCAUGGAUAAUUAUGGGGACGAGAUUGGAAUCAGGGCUAGUAAGCUAAUUCGAGAUCUGUCUAUUUAUGAUACAGGCAAAGAGACGAUCUAUCAAACAAGUGACGGUUUAAUAAACCCCGAUGUACCAGACGAACAUAGACGAGGAUUUCCUGAAGGUUUGAUUCCAGACCACAGAAGUAAAAAACCAAAUGGCACUGCCCCUUCUCGGCACCGUCACCUGCCUUUUGACAAAUACCACCAGGCUGAGAAUAAAGUUUACAGCGCUGGUACUUUCCGAUCGGCUGGGAAUCGAAGUGGAAGUGUAGAUGUGUGUAACUUACAGAGGGAGCAGGUUUGCUACGAGGAAGGUAGCUGCAACACCUCCGAAGUUGCACUGCCGUGUUACAGUGGUUUUACGGAACGGAGCAAGAGACACUCACCUGAAACGCUCAGGUACAGCUCGGGCAACGCGUACGAGGGGGUGUUUAGCAAGCAAGGAUCUAUUCAGUUGCACCCUGGAAGCAGAAGUAGCAGUACGUGUGGAAUGGGCAUUCAAGAUGUCAGAUAUAAUGCCACGAGCCCCAGGUCAAGCCUGUCGUCUUCAGCUUCAUCACAAGACUACAGCAAACAUUCUAGUCCCAGGUCUAGUCUGAACAGCAGUCUCAUUUCUUGCGAGAAGUUUUCCAGUCCCAGAUCAAGCUUAGUGGUGCCUGGUCAGGAUAAAUACACCAGCCCAAGGUCUAGCCUCUCUCAGUAUGAAAGUAAUGCAUUGAGUCCUAGAUCUAGUUAUGCCAGUACUGCAAGUGACACAAGCAAGCAUUCUAGUCCAAGGGCCAGUUUAAAUAGCUAUGACUGUGGGAGCAAAGCUAGUAGUAAUCGUACAAGUGGUAUAAGUAUGGGGUAUGACCAAAGACAUGUCAGCCCAAGAUCAAGUACUGCAAGUCAGUAUUCUUGCACUACUAGUCCCAGAUCUAGCUAUUCUGAUACCCGCUAUAUGUCUUUAGGCAGCUCUGACAUAGAUGCUGCUACUAUACAUGGAAUAUCACUGAUCAGCCCUUUAUCUAGUGUUUGUAGUCAGGAUGGCAGGUCUGAAGUGACUGGCAGCUGCAAUCCUUGUGUUAUCAGUCCGAGAUCUAGCAUUUCUAGCCAUAGUUCUCGUAGUUCUAGAAGUUCUAGAGGUUCCAUGAGUGCCUAUCCUGAACCUCAACUGCCCUCGCCAAGGUCUUCAGUGCUUGGUCCAAGUCCUCAGGAAGAAAGCGUGGUACAAGAUGUAGGAGAUGCAUGCCAUCUUCGGCUUUUUAACCAGUUACCUCCAAGGAGUGAUCAACCACAACUUGUUGGAUCUACCAUAGAAUCAUCUCCAGGAAUUUCUACUGCUUACAGUUAUAGUCCUACAAAAGGGUCAAUGUCAGCUCAAAAGUUCAAGUUGCCUUGCCAGGUAACUCCAUUACGGGAGAGUGGACCAUGUCAGGCUGAAAGAAGGUUAGAAGCUUUGACACUAGAACUAGAGAAGGAAUUGGAGAUGCAUGUGAAAAAAGAAUAUUUUGGCAUCUGCAUAAAGUGCCAAAAGGGUGUGUAUGGAGCAAGUCAAGCUUGUCAGGCAAUGGGGAACCUCUAUCAUACCAACUGUUUCAUCUGCUGUUCCUGUGGGAGAAGAUUACGUGGGAAAGCUUUCUACAAUGUUAAUGGAAAAGUCUACUGUGAAGAAGAUUUCCUAUAUUCUGGGUUCCAACAAACAGCUGAAAAAUGCUUUGUCUGCGGCCAUCUCAUAAUGGAAAUGAUCUUACAGGCUUUGGGCAAAUCAUAUCAUCCUGCUUGUUUUCGUUGCGUAAUGUGUAAUGAGUGUUUAGAUGGUGUUCCAUUUACAGUAGAUGUAGAAAACAACAUCUACUGUGUCAAGGACUAUCACAUGGCUUUUGCACCAAAAUGUGCGUCAUGUAACCAGCCAAUUCUACCAGUCCAGGGUUCUGAAGAAACUAUUCGAGUUGUGUCCAUGGACAAAGAUUACCAUGUAGAAUGUUACCACUGUGAAGACUGCGGCCUACAGCUUAAUGAUGAAGAAGGGCACCGUUGUUAUCCUCUGGAUGAUCACCUUCUGUGUCACAACUGUCACCUCUGUCGCCUUAACAUACCAUUGCCAACAGGACCUCCUCCAGGUUAUCCAAUGCAUGUAACUGAACUCUAGGCAUACGUAUCAUUCCGAGGACUGGAACAGUUCUCAGUGGAAGAACCCUGACCCAGGAGACCAAAAAAACCUGUUGUCAUUCCUGUCCCAGUUUGUUGCCUUAGCUGAAGUUUUUUAUUGUCUGCAAAAGCUGAAUGUAUUUUUGUUUUGUUUGUAUCACUGCUCAGCAUUUUUCAGACAGGAAAAUUCAGCACUUAAUGCUUAAAACACUACAUUCUUGUUUAAGCUGAAUAUUUUACAUAAAGAAACCGUCAACACUUAUGACUAAUUGGAGCAGUGUAUGACGUUACUGUCAUGCUUUGUUUUUCCUAUCAGUCAUUUGGUAAUUUAUCAAAGAAAAAGUGGGAAAAGAGGAAAGAAAGACUGGAAGAGAACAGCAGAGAAAAAUGAAUCGGAGAAACUGUGUUACUUGUGGAGCAGUGCAUUUCAAGUAAAUAAGUAAAUGUCAAGAAUAUUUAUUAUAUAAACUAAGUUCACCUGUCCUUGUAGAAAGAUCUUAAUUCUCUAAGAUGUUUUUCUUAAGAUGCCAUUUCCAUAAAUUUGAGUGUCUUGUUUGGAGAUAUAACAAGUAAACACUGGAAAGUCUACUGUAGCUGUGGAGUGACUGUAAGAGAGGGCUGAUAAAUUUGAUGGAAUUAAAGUCUGCCUGUACAGUGUCUGUGCAUUUUGAUUUUGCAUAGAUAGAAAGAGUGGAGGGCAGACCUUGUGUGAGUUUAAUGAAAAAUACUUGGCACUUAUAAAGCUCUACUGAUUCAAUCCUGUGCAUUUCUAGCAGAGCUAUCAUUGUAUUGUUGGCUAUGCAAGGGAACUCUUAAUUUUUAUUUAGAGUGCAAUUUGAUUUGCUUGCUUCUUCAUUUUUCACAGUGCUUUGCAUUUUUAUACAAUACAAAUUGUUUAAAAGGGGCCAAGGUUUCUUGCUGUACAGAUGCCACCCUCAAACUUUUUACAUUGCUUAAAAGGGGCCAAGGUUUCUAGCUCUACAGACAGCCACCCUUGAACUUUUUACAAAGUAUAUGCUUUUUUGUAUUGAUUACAAAGAACAUAUAUUCAUUUAGGCACCGAGAGUAGCUAGUAUGAUUGGUGAUUCAAAAAUUUAUACUGUUGCUGUACUGACAUUGUAACAAGUAUUAGAUGUACAUAGAAUGUACAUGUUUUUAUAUUUUGCAAUAACCCCAAAUGUCUGGGGUAAUGUAUAUCUUCCAUUUAGGAAGUUAGAUGCAUCUUUCUUUAUUAAUAUUUAGUACAUACCAGGUUUUGAAAAGUUGGGAAGAAACACUAAACAUCUGAACACCUAACAAAUGAUCAGUGUUCUUAAGAUAAUAGUCUUAUUUCUUCUUUUUAUACAGUGUACAUAUAAAUAUAUUUUUUAAUUUCCAUGCACCAGUUGGUAUUAUUGGUAUUUAGAAGGCACACACAAAUGUUAUUAUUUACUGGUGCAUUAAAAUGAUAAUAUAUGCAAAUUAUUAGAACUGCUGAUUCAGACCGAGUGUUGUAACUGCACAGUGAAAGCUUUACUUCCUACAACUAAGCUUUACUUCCUACAACUUUCUACUCAGAUUGUUUAACUAUGACAGUACACACAAGCUGGUAGAUAAAGAGAACAUAUUUGUAAAUGCUUAAACAGCACCAUCUUAGUUAAAGUCUCUCCUCCAUUAUAUAAGGACUGACGUAUAUAAAUGUACCACACUUAGCACCAGUGGCAAGCCGUUUUGUCACAAGGACUUAUCUGCAGAAGAGCUACUGUUGUCUCUGGGAAGGCUUUACAACUUUUAUCUUCGGACACACUUCAGUUAGUUUUUAUUACUUUUGUGGAAUACAUUUCCUAUUAGAUAUUUAUUGCUGAGGAUAUCUGGAGAGUGAAUGAUUUUUGUUUGUAUUUGUAAAAUUUUUACAGUCUAAUCGACCUAUCAGAAUUUUCUUCUUUUGCUUCUGCAGCUGGAGUGAGCACAGAAUUUACCCGCAUCGAGUUCUGAUUUCUCACAAAAGGAAAAUGCAGAUCAUGGUUUCUUAAGAUUUAGAUAGGCUGGUAAUGCUUUCACAGCAAAAUGCAAACUAUUCAUCAAUAGAAUUAUGUGUCAAAUUAUAAACUGUUCUGUGUCAGAAAAAAAAAAGAAAAGCUUUGCUUGAGCUGUAAGGACUGUAGCACUUUAUUUGUAAUUCUGAUCUAUCUUGUAAUUUAUUUUUAGUCUUUGUGAAAUAAAGUGGACAACUUGAUGUUAAUGGAUGAGCUGUUUGCUGGCUUGAGUUCUCUUAAUUCUCUUAGAAUAGUGUUCUUUGAACCACUUUUUUGUUCUUUUUUCCCAAAACUGUAAAACUCGAUUGUUAUUUAUUCCAUCAAUACCUCUCAUUGAUCAUUAUGGCAUAUUUUCCUUUAUUACUGUUACUUUAAUGUGGAACUACUUUUUAAUCAGAUUAUAUGUAUCACUAUUUCAUGCUACUGAGAUAUAGGUUAUACAUGUUAAAAGUGCAGACAGUGCUUCUUAGUGGUUCCCAGGCAUAUUGACAGUUGAUCUGCCAGUUUUAUGUUUUCAGUCAUGCCUUAAGAGGAAAGCUACAAAAUUAAAGUGCAUUACAUUUUAAAGUAGGUACUGUUGCUUUUAUUUGAACACUUAUUAACUGACUUAUCAUUUAGUUUCAAAAACAAAGCCACCAAACAGACCCUUUCAAGUAGAUAUGUUGGUUCAGUCAGUAGCUGGAUAACUAAAGACAGCAGAAUUUUUGCCAGUACCAAGUGCCGAACGCAGCGAUUUGUUUUAAUCAGCAAAGAUUUUUAGCUACAGAAAAGGGAAGAUGAGUUGUUUUCUCAUCACUGAGGGAAAUGUUAGCCAGUAUGUCAUCUUCAAAUCAAAACCGCAGCUUUAGUAUGCAUUUUGACUUAAAUUAAGUUCUUUUAUAACUAGAAUUUUCAUUUUCUUUAAAAGAAUGUAGUUGACUUCCAAGAAUUUGGACCAACUUAGAUUUUUUUUUAUAAUUGAUCAGAAUACUUAAUUUGUAUAUCCUGUAACUAGUUUACAUGGUGUAGAUUUACAGAUUUCUUAGCUGUCAACUCCUGUUGAAACUUUUAUGUGGUUGUCUGUGUUUUCAUCUCAAAAUGGCUAUGUGGUUGUUUUUUUUUUUCAGUGUUCAGACUUUUAAAGCUUAAAGAUCAGGAAAAAUAGAUUUAUUUAUCUGAAGAACAGGCUACACACUAUCAUCUUAAAUUAUUUAAUGUUAAAAGUCAGAAGUGUCAUUUAACGUUAGAUGGUAUAAUCUGUUUUGUUCUUCAUUUUUUUUUUUUCAAUAAAAAAAGAUUUUAUAGCUA